AUGGUCAGUAGUUAUCGCUCUGUUUUGAAUGAUCCUGAUACGUAUCUGCGUUAUGAGUCGCUUUAUCAGUAUCGCUUACCGGGUAUUAUAGACACCGAUGCUACAUCGAACAGUUUGAAUCCACAUGGGGAAGCCAUUGAGGAUGCUAUGGCUGACCUUGAAGCAUUGAACGAUUUGAACGAAUCCGAGGAGGCGAUGGACGAUAUUAUGGAAGACACCGAGGAUAUUGGAAUGUUAAUGAACGACAACAACUCGGCUCAGGGGGUUACCAUGGAAGAAUCCGAGCAUAAUCGAGUGUUGCGAAGUAAACUCCUAGACACUGUGACAAACCAUUUCGGAAGAUCUGAUGGAAUGUUCAAAAGCGAAGAUGGUUCCUCUAAUGGGGAUAACAUGGAACAGUCUGAGAACAUUCUAACGUCGACAGGCGAUACCAGCGCCUCUGGAGAUACACACUUUCAAGAAUGCCAAGAUGUCAUCCUCUUUUCAAGUGAUGAAGAGCCGUCAGAGAAUGGAGAUCACUCAGGGGAGAAUCGAAUUGAGCCUGCUGAGCAGAACAAUACCCCUGUCACCAAUUCCGGGGCAAUAGAAACCCCACUGGAGCCUUCAAAUGAUUCAACGACAUUCAUCGUCGGAACAUCGACUGAUUAUGUGCAUUAUCCGAAACCUGUUGGUAAUACCAUCGACCAAGUGGGUAAAUUCAUAUGCUGCGAAUUCAUGGCAAGGUAUCGUCAAGGAGAAAGAUCCCACACCAUGACCUUGUGCAGAAAAGGAAGGCCUUAUGCGAGAACGCAUAGAGACAAGGACGAACGCCUCCAUGCAUUUAAAUUUGUGGAGCGGCUUCGUUUACAGGGAAUCGCGGUCGAAGAUAUGGAGGAGGUGUAUUGUCAGCGAUUUGGUAAACACCGCACUGCGAGGUCAUUGAAAAGAUACCAAACAGGCAAACGCUCUACACUACGACUGAGCGGCCUUCUGGUAUGA